AGAAGAAUUAUUUAACUUCAUCAAAUGUCUUUCAUCUUUCCAUAUCUCUAUAUUCUCUAAUAUUUACCCAAGUGAAACAACAUGAACCCAAUUGAGCUUGAAUCCUCCUUCGACUAUACUACACUUCGUGGGGAACCAGAAACAAUUCAGAAUAAGUUCAAAGAGAUAAUCUCAAGAGCUCCAAGAAACAAUGAAUGGACUAGUUUCAUAGAGCUUUUCCAAUACCAAGGUUUUUGGCACUCUCCUUCAUUCUUGGAAGGGACAAUACUAGCUCAAGAAGAGUUUCAACCUCAUCCAAACGAAAUAAUCUUAUGUAGCGCCCCAAAAGCCGGCACGACAUGGCUCAAAGCCCUGGCUUUCUCCAUUCUAACAAGAUCUAAAAAUACCUUAAACAAUCUAGAACCGAAUCCUCUUCUUUCAUCCACGCCACACGAAUGUGUUCCUUUUCUCGAAGUCGAUCUUUUUCAAAAGAAACAAACUCAAUAUCCACAAAUCCCUCUCAUUGCCACCCACCUUCCUUAUGUCUCGUUACCCAAAUCCAUAACAACGAAUUCAACUUGUAGAAUUGUUUACAUCUCUCGUGACCCAAAAGAUGUCGUCGUUUCUAUGUGGCAUUUCAUCGGUAACAUUAAGACGUGUAAGAAUAAUGAAGAAUCGGCGAUAUUUCCAUUGGAGAGAGCGGUUGAGCUCUUUUGUGAGGGGAUUUCCAAGAACGGGCCGUAUUGGGAUCAUGUUUUGGGGUAUUGGAAAGCAAGUUUGGAACAACCGGAUAGAGUAUUGUUUUUGAAAUAUGAGAAUUUGAAAAGUGAUACGAAAGUUUGGGUGAAGCGAUUGGCUGAGUUCAUGGGGUUCCCUUUCUCUUCAGAGGAGGUGAUUGAAGAUGCGAUUCAGAAGGUUGUGGAUCUUUGUAGCUUCGAAAAUUUGAGUAAUUUGGAGGUUAAUAAAAAUGCAGAGUUCAAUCUUUUUUCGACGGUGAAGGUGAAAAACAACAAAUAUUUUAGGAAAGGAGAGGUGGGAGAUUGGAAGACUUGUUUGAGUGAGGAAGAUAGAAAGAAAAUUGAUCGGAUUAGUGAAGAGAAGCUUAAAGACUCUGGAUUAACGUUUGGGUAAUUAAAUAAGGUAAAACAAGUGAAAAAAUAAGGAAAAUUCUAUAGUUUGUUCUUGAUAUUAGCAAGAAAUCCUUCAAUUUAGAACCACAAGUAAAGGUUACUUGAAUAAUAA